AUGAAGCUAACGGAGCAGGAUCUCCGCCUUUUGGAGUUCAGCACCUACGAGGACUAUCUCAACUCACUUGUCGAUGGCAAGAGUCUCCAAUAUUUCGGUGAUCGAGAAAAUUUAAUCAGUCUCUACCGUACGGGCUACAGGGCACUUACUAAGGAAGUUUUUGAAGCACAAAGAACGUUUCUUGAAGUGACGAAAGAUCCGAACACACUCUUCAGCCGAAACAUUACACCGGAGGAUCCAUUUCUGCAAGAGCUUGCCAAACGCGAACGUCCCAAUCGGUUGGGGCUCAUGUCGACCAUAAUUUAUAUGCGCUUCAUGAAGAAAAAUACGGAAAUCUCCGGCUACAUCGACUACGAGGAAGCGCUGCGCCGUGUGCAUCAGGACCAGCAGUACUCAAUCAACUGGAAAGCUAUCUUUUCAGGCGAAAACAUUCUCUACCCAACACCGGUAGAUCUGCUGUACUACAACGCAAAAACUGGUCGCAGCAGAAAGAACAACUCGCGCAACUAUCAGAUCCUUUGCGAUCCGCUCCGGGGCAUCAUCUUCCGCAAUAUGUACGAUCGCAAGGAUAUCCUGCCGGAUCCGAUGGCAAACUUUUACGGCACCAAUACGAGCCGAAUUCAGAUUGCUAGUGACCUAUACGAACAGGUCGUACUGUACGAUCAUGUUGUGCGGAAGAACUACUAA